AUUUAAUUAGCUCUUUCUUUGCAAAACGAGAAUUCAAGACAGAGGGGUGAUAAUGCGUCUCUUUCUCCUCUCUCUACUCGUGGGGCUGUCCAUAGCUCGUUUAGAUGUACUCAAGCCUAUAGUCAAGAGGUCCCCGGCGGCUGGAAGACCCGCGAGCGUAGGAGGCGGGUCGGACGAUCAGUUCGGUUUCUCAGCAGUGGUGCAUCAACUGUUUGAGGACAGUACUGGAAUGAGCUUUAGUGAAAUAAUAGAUCAAACUGUAAUAAUAUCGGGAGCACCUAGAGGAGUGUAUCCAGGUGGACUUGACCUUCCAUUAGAUUAUAGAGCAUGUCAGCGAUACACCCCAGCAGCAAACUGCUCGGCCCAUAAUGCCAUGAUUAUGAAUUACACUGAUGAACAGAUCAUUGAUUGUUACAGAGAACUGAGGAAUGGACUUGUGUACUCCUGUCCUCUUUCCAGCGGAGAGUGUUCAGCUCUUGCUAGUAACGACACUGUGGAAGGGAGAUAUCCUUUUGAUAGUGUUGGUGAUUAUACCGACCAGUGUCAAACUGAAUUGAAGCUUGGAGAAUUAUUUUCAAUAAAAAAUCAGAAGAUGGGUAUGACCCUUUUCAGUAAUGGCAGCACUUUCUUGGCUUGCUCUCCAUUAUUGGUUAAUUAUUUAUAUUUAUCUGAUGGAAGUAUACUUUCUCACCAUCCAUCAGGCCGUUGUGUCAUUUCAGGCAGAAACCUUCAAGGAUUUAAGAGUCUUACUAUAGAUCAGUGCAAUGUUCCUGACAAUGGCGUUAGCCAGCAUGCUUAUUGCUUGACUGGUUUUAAUAAACCAGCAAUUUUUAAUUCUGGGUUGGUUUUUGGUCAGCCGCUUUGGCGAAUACAAGGAGCUGCUUAUUAUUUUUCUGAUCCACUUCAAUCCCCUGGCUCUUCUGUUAGAUAUAGCAGAGCCCAAACUUCAAAUUUUGAACAAUAUUUUGGAUAUGCAGUGGCUACUGGUAACUUAUUCAAUAAAACAAUUACAAAUACUAUAAUAUCGGCUCCAAUUUAUCAUGAUGAUGAUGCUGGUAAAACACUACGAGAAAGAGCAUUUAUUUAUGAAGAUCGUUCCAUCGAAACAAAUAUUUUUGUAAAUGGUUCCUCGAGCGGUGAAUAUUUUGGCUAUACUCUUGCGACAGCUGACCUUAACGGUGAUGGCUUUGAUGAUUUAUUGGUUGGAGCUCCAAUGUAUUCUAAUUUUGGAUCACCCAUUAGAACACUACUGGGUAGAGUAUACAUAUUCACUGCCAUCAACAAUACAUUAACUUUAAGUAAAGUAUUACAAGGGACUGAACCUGGUGGACAGUUUGGUUUAUCUGUUGAGCCGAUUGGUGACACUAACAAUGAUGGAUAUGAUGAUUUUGCAGUCUCAGCUCCAUAUGAAGGCAAUGGGUUUGUGUAUAUUUAUUAUGGUCAAGAGAUGGAUGAAUCUGGCUCUAUCGUUAACACUACUUAUCAACAACGUAUUAAUGGUUCAGCUGUUGCAUCUCAAGUAACUGAUAUCCCAUCAGUUAGUUCCUUUGGGUUCUCUCUCUCUGGUGGUACUGAUGUUGAUCAAAAUGGGUACAGAGAUCUUGUUAUUGGAGCUUAUGAGUCUCAGAGUGUAUUUGUAUUGCGUACUAUACCAGUAGCUAUCACUAAUAUCAGUAUGACAUUUAAUACUGAACAAGUUAUGCUACAAGACUAUGAUUGUGUAUAUCAAGGAAAUCCAGUGGCAUGUUUUAUAGCUACACUAUGCUCUCAGUAUGAAGGAAAAGGACUGCCUUCCGGAUUUAGUGCUAAUUACACGUUUGAAGAGGUCACGGGGUCUGGGCAGGCCCCACGAUUAAUGUUUCAAGAUGGAACUACUGGUAGCAGUAUCAGAGGACCAGUAACAUACACUGGUCCUGGUAUUCCAGCCUGUUACAACAUCACAAUAUUUGUAUCGAAUACUACUAUAUCCAGUGACAUUAGUGAUUUGCUAAUGAGAGCAACGAUACUGGAUAUACCAACUGACACGUCUCCAGUCAAUACAAACUCGGUCCCAGUUGAUUUCUCUGCUUCUCCCGACAUUAGAGUAUCCCCAGUCACUGAAGCAUUGCAGGUCUCAACACAGUGUGGGAAUGACUUCAUCUGUGACUCUGAUCUCCAAUUAAGAAUAAGCAAUGUGAUAUAUAGGAAGUCUGAUCCAAAUCAGUUAUCAUCUGAUCAAAGUCAAAUUGUGAUUGGUGACACGUCGUUUGUUGAUUUGAUCGUCAGUUUAACUAAUGUAGAGGAAGACGCUUUCAAUUCUUAUCUCGUUUUUGAUUUAACAAACACGUACUUCUCUUCAGCCACAUCUCCCAAUUCCUCCAUUACUUGUACUCUUUCAUCAGACAAUAUAACUCAGUACACUUGCACUGGUAUCAAGUCUCCACUCAAAUCAACUGAUCCUCCUCAAAUCAUUGCAAUACGACUAACUCUAAUUUCUAGCAUCAGAGGAAACGAGGACCCAUUCGACUUAGUUAUAUCAGCUGCAAUACCUGAGCAACAGCGCAACAGGGAGAAUGAUACUUUCCUCUCUGACAAUAGCAUGAGGAGAAGUAUUGCAUUUGCUGCUGUGUCAUCAUAUACUUUAAAUAUGUUUUUCAUUCCUAAUACUUAUACAUAUUCUGGUGCUAGGCCAGCAGCUCUAAACAACAUAUCCAGUAAUCUUGGGGACAGGUUGAGUCUCAGGGUCUCUCUGAGGAACUCUGGCCCCUCCCCUUACCGCGGCUACCUCAAUAUAUACAUACCAGCUAGGAAACCCUCCGAAACUGCCUCCAAUUAUUAUUAUUAUCCUGUCAAACUGGCUGGUGCUGAUAAUAAUCUCAAUUGUGCCUCCAAUCUCAAUCCCAAUAACUAUAAUACUGACAAUGUACAGAGUAGCGGACUGCAAGGUGGUGCUGGGAGAAGGCGCUCGCGUAGAAAUUUAUCAUAUUUGACACCAAAACAUCAUAAUGCAUUGAGAAUCAGACAAACUGAAGAAAUGGAGACAACAUUUAAUCUUGAUUGUCAAGCAACUCCAAUGGAGUGUAUGCUAAUACAGUGUAACGUCUCCCUUCUGGCCAGUGGGAGUGUCAUCUCACUAGAAAUAAUAGGAUUCAUUGAUGAGCGAUUCUUUCAAGGACAAACGACAGAUUAUAAUUUAAAAGCAUAUGUUGAGGGUGACAUUAAUGACGGGUUUACUGUCACAGCAAACAGCUCAAGAGAUAGUACUGCUAAUAUGAUGUUUGUUCGAAUGGUUCAGCCAACCGGUGGUGGUACUGAAGGCUCAUUCCCAUACUUGUAUAUAAUAAUACCAGUGGUACUAGCUAUUAUAUUCAUCAUUAUACUAGCCAUUGCAUUAUACUGUCUCGGGUUCUUUAAAAGAAGGAAGAAAGCUAAGAAGGAGCAAGAGGAGAUGGACCCAUACGAAGAUGAUUAUAAUCCAAAUGAUGAUGAGACCAAGGACUCCAAAGAAAUGUAACUGCAAAUGCAGUAGUUAUUCACAACCCUCUAAUUCCAUGAUAAUUUUUAGUUUUUAUUUUGUUUCGUUUUGUAAUUUUAAUUAAUUAAAAUGCAAUUUUCUUUCCAGCAAAGCCAUCUUUUUGAUUUAAAAUUUAA